GCUUCCCAAAACUCUCGUGUCGUCGUCGUCCUCGCAACGACGGGAUCCGCUGUACAGCUCAUUCAUCCACCCCGUUCUCCCAAUCAAUUGUUCUGUAAAUACUCAGACACUUACUUCAAGAUGGGACCCCCACAAGAUCAUUCAUACAAGAGACGUCGCAUCGAUGCCGACGAGACUCCUAGUUCUGGACGCCAACCAUCUUCUCUCAGCGCAGCAUCAGCCAAGCCAGCCCGUUUCAAGCCUACGGCCGCGAGAGACUGGACCAUUUCAGUCGCGGUGCCUACUAGUGUCAUCACCGAUUGCGUGACCCGCGAACAAAGGACAACAUGGGCAGGCCGUAUCGCGAGAGCCUGCGCGGUUUUCUCCGUUGACGAGAUUGUCAUCUACGACGACAGCCCGGUCGAGUCUCGACCUGCAAGUACCGAUCACGAAGGCUAUACCGGCGAUGUUGACCCUGCACACUUCCUCGAGCAUCUCCUCAACUACCUCGAAACACCGCCCUUUAUGCGCAAGCUCUUGUUCCCCAUGCACCCGAACCUCAGGUCUCAGGGCUUGCUUCCCAACCUCGACAUGCCACACCAUCCGUACAAGGGCGAGUGGAUGCCGUAUCGCGAAGGCUUGACACUGGAGGCUCAGCCCAAGGGCGGCAAGGGAACGGUUGUCGACAUUGGCCUCGAAGACACAGUCACCAUUGACGAGGAGCUCCCUCCCAAGACACGAGUCACGUUGAAGAUGCCCGUGGGCGAGUACGGAUCGCCAGAACCUGUUCAUCCUGCGGUUCCCAGAACCGAAGGCGGUUACUUCUGGGGUUACACGGUUCGCAAGGCCGCGACACUCUCCGAUGUGUUCACUCAGAGUCCUUACGAGGAAGGGUACGAUUUGAGCAUUGGCACAUCAGAGCGUGGACAGUCCCUGCACAGAGCUUUCCCCGAGCACAAGGAGGCCAACUUCACCCAUCUUAUUGUCGCAUUUGGCGGCCCGCGCGGCCUCGAAUACGCUGCCAUGAACGACCCCGAGCUGAGCAAGAUCGGCAUUCACGGCCCUCGGACGAAGGAGCUGUUCGAGCACUGGGUCAACGUCUUGCCAAACCAGGGUAGCAGAGGUAUCAGGACUGAUGAGGCCAUGUUGAUAGCCCUCACCGGUCUCAGGAGGUUGUGGGAUAACAGCUGAGCGGACUAGGUUUUGCUUUAUUUCAGGAUUUUAGCGUUCAUAAUGACAUACCCAUUGCAGCUGUCAGGAAUCAUCACUUGCUUCCAGAUAUCGAUCCCGUACUCUUAACGUACAUGAUAGGAGCGUGUCGACAGCUGGAGAGAUGUGUUAUUCGACUUCUGAUUCUCAACACUCCUUGAAAGCCACUGAAGCUUGAGCAAAGGAACACAAGCAAGCCACUCAUACCGAACGAUGUAUGGAAGAACUGAAGACUGAUGAGGGGUGUUACGUUGGUGAAGCAAGAGACUGAGAAGAUAUUUUUGCCCGUAUCCGAUGGCAAAGGAGGAUCUCAUCCUACACAUGCCGUGGUCAGGUGAAGAGUUUACACAGUAGGAACCCAAAUCAUGAGGAUAACAUCACUAACGGAUUUGCGAUGAAACCCUGACAUGUGUGGUCGAAUCGUCAUUGGGUAUAAUAUACUGUGUGUUAUGUGAGUGUGUA